GGGUGGCGGAGUUGCGUGAACGGGACGCUGGUACAUUCGUUCAUCCAUCUUCGUCUUGAGUCCUCCUCUCCGGUUCAUUCAUUUAGCAAACGCAGCUAGGAAUAUUCUACGCUUAAAGGUUGUUCUUUCCUCAUGUAGAUGGCGUCCAACGAUUAUUCCCAAGCAUCAAGCCAGGGCUAUGGGUCCUAUGGUGGAGGUGGUGGAGGUGGUGGAGGCCCUAACCAAGGCUAUGGUCCGUCAUCAGGUCAGAGUUAUGGCCAGCAGGGCUACGGAGGCUACAACCAAAGCUCUGACAGCAGCCCCAGCUCAUACAGCCAGGGAGGUUACAGCAGCUACGGUCAAUCGCAGUCAGGUGGAUAUGGUUCUCCGCCCUCAAGCCAGGGCGGCGGUGGUUAUAAUCACAGCAGUCAGUCCUAUAGCUCUGGAGGAUACAACAGCAGCAACCAGCCAUCCAACAUGAGCUACAACCAACAGUCAUCUUUCUCUGGUUACAGUCAGCAGCAGCAGCAGCCUCCACCUUCCUCCUCUGCAGGCUAUGACGGUAACUCACAGGCCUCUGGUUAUAACCAGCCACCGGGCAUUGGACAGAGUGGGGGUGGCUAUGGCAGCAGUGGAGUCCAGUCUGGCGGCUAUGGGGGCAGUGGAAACCACCAGCAACCCCCUCAACAUGGAGGAGGUCACUACAACCAGCCGUCAAGUUACAACUCCCCUCCUCCACCGAGCUAUGGUCAGCAGAGCCAGUAUUCUCAGAGUGGAGGAUAUGGAGACGAAAGCCCGCCAAUGAGCGGAGGUGGAGGAUAUGGUGGUCCUGACGGAGGUUAUGGGGGUCAGGACGGCCGUGGAGGCAGGGGCCGCGGUGGAGCGUUUGGAGGUCGGGGUGGCGGCGGCGGCGGUUACGACCGCGGUUUUGAUCGAGGUGGCCGAGGUGGACCACGAGGAAGAGGAGGAAUGGGAAUGGGCGAUCGUGGAGGAUUCAAUAAGUUUGGUGGACCACGAGAGCCAGGACAUGGCCAUGGAGGACCCGGCUUCAUGCAAGACCAGGAUAACUCUGAUAAUAACACCAUCUUCGUUCAAGGCCUGGGAGACGACUACACGGUUGAAUCAGUGGCUGAUUUCUUUAAGCAGAUUGGGAUCAUAAAGGUCAACAAGAAGACGGGCCUGCCCAUGAUAAACCUGUACACAGACAGAGAUACAGGUAAGCUGAAGGGGGAGGCCACCGUUUCCUUCGAUGACCCCCCCUCAGCUAAGGCAGCCAUCGACUGGUUUGAUGGUAAGGACUUCAAUGGAAACCCAAUCAAGGUGUCCUUUGCCACCCGCAGAGCUGACUUUGGAGGCCGAGGGGGCAUGCGGGGAAGUCGGGGACGAGGAGGCCCGAUGGGUCGUGGAGGAUUUGGAGGAGGGGGUCGGGGCGGAGGUUUCCCGGGGGGCAAUGGAGGCAGUGGAGCAGCAGGAGGAGGAGGAGGAGGAGGCGCAGGUGGAGGAGGCGGAGGACAACAGAGAGCAGGAGACUGGAAAUGUUCAAACCCUAACUGCGGCAACCUGAACUUCUCAUGGCGCAACGAGUGUAAUCAGUGCAAGGCUCCGAAACCUGAAGAGGCUGAUGGGAUGCCCCCUAUGGAAAGAGGAGGUUACGGAGGAGAUCGAAGGGGAGGGUUUGAACGGGGCGGCUUCAGGGGCAGAGGCGGCGACCGCGGCGGCUUCAGAGGCGGUAGAGGAGGCGACCGGGGAGGAUACGGUCCCGGAAAGAUGGACACGAGGGGUGACCGCAGACAGGAGCGGCGGGGGCGUCCCUAUUGACUCGAACAUUGUCCUUGUUCCUGCUGAGCCUAGCUCUCACCUUUCACCUUUUAUGUAACUCUUUAUUCAUUUUCAUUCAGAAUGCAGAAGAAUGUGAUCAUUCCUGUUUUUGUGUUUGCUCUUGUGUCUAACUUUGUUCUGCCGAGCGGGGCCUCAGGAAAACUUAGGGUUCAGCAAAGGGGGAAUUACAUUUCUUGUCACCACUGAUGUCAUUGGAAACAAUGCAGUCGUCAUUAAUAUUAUUCUCUCAACCUGCCGUGACAGAGAGACAGAAAUAGGUUGUGUGUGUUUGUCAGAGGUGAGACAUUUUUCCAUUUAAAGAACUGUGGAGGAUUAUGUUGUAGUGUAGAAAACAAAGCAUAGCUGCCUCAGAGCUACUUCAUUUUUCAUAGCUGGUUGUAAAACAGAGAGCCCUGGCACACAGUGUCGGCCUUUCUAAGUCAUCAUUUGUUUUCCACCGAGGACUUAAAAACCUGUCGAGCAGCUCUUGUUGGUAAUCCCAUUGUGCUCCUUUGUACAUGUGUUGCUCCGAGGGUUACCACAUCUUCAGACGUCUGAAGAUAGAACUGAUUAAUUAUGACCAGAAAUGUGGAAAUAAAAUCAUGGUUGCUUCAAUCCCACAUUCAAGAAACAGACUUAAAUGUGACACUGCAGGAUGUAAAGUUCUUUACGCUGCAGAACCACUCCUACUAAUUUGUCCUUAUGUUGCACAUAUUAGAUUCACAAUUUUAGACUGUUCAGUUUUUGUUAGAGCUCCUUAUCUGAUAUAAAUUGUACUGGUCAGCUCAGCAGUAUGACAGGGGGAAUUCACCUUGUCAUUAAAACUAUGAGCUCAGUGAUGUUCAUUCAUUGUAAGGAUAAAGGGGAUAAAGGGAUAAAAGGGACGAGGAUCAAUGUCUUUUUAUUUCCUGGAUCAUGACAGUGACACACCCGUCAGGUGAUUGAAAUGAAUCCAACUGACUGUGAUGAGAGAAACACAGUGUAGAAACUGAGGCCUCGUUUCUACAGUCGUGUUUAAAGUAUAUCCGUUCCGUCAGAACUGUUUAACUGUAUAUUUAUUACUUAUGAGUUGUUUUUGUAUUGUGCUGGUUUCCAAAUGAAAGUAUUCACAAAACAA